CCGCAGUUGAAACAGCCAGUUUGGCUCUGACCACAAGGGUGAUCAGGGAGAGCACAGUGACCACAUGAGGAACAAUGACGCCAUGCUGGAGAGAGAAUAAAAGCAGAAAGAAAGUGACGAACAUAGCAGUGCUUGCAGGAAGACGACAACUAAACACAUUGACUAAUUCUCUUAUCCAUCUAUUAGAGGAGACUUGGACAGAUGGCAGAGGAAGACUUUCGGCCUUUAUCAGAGGAAAUAAGUUCCUUCUGUCUGGUAACCGAGGCUCGUUCAGGGACACAAGUUACCCAGCCCUUCCCACGCUCUCCAAAACUGAUCAGGAGAACUGGAGCCAACUCUCCGAAACCCUCCGAGCUGCCAGUCUGGUUGGAUGACUUGAAGAAGGAGAGGAAAAAAACAGAGUCCCAUCUGGAAUCAAUUAAAAAGCGGCAAGCAAACCUGAAUAUGAGCUCAGAGGCCAUGAAGCAGCAGGUACAGGAGUGCUUCGAGGAGCUACAUAUGGCUCUGCAGGAGGAUGAGAAGGCUGUUCUGGACAUGAUCGAGCAAGACCGCCGGGAGACCAGCAGUAAACUAAACCGAAUCCUUCAAGACUGGAAUCAACACCUCAGUCUCCUGCAGAAACACAUCAGUGCUAUUCAAUCAGCUCAACAGAGCCCAGCAGAGUCCAUGAAGCAGCCAUUUCCUGAGGAUUUUACAUUGGCUAGCUGUCGUAAGAAACUGGACCCAGCUGAAGGGGAGAUAAAAAUGAAUGAAGAAAGGAUCCAUAAGCUCAUGAAGGUUCUUAGGAACAUCUCAAAAGAUCUGAAAGCCCAGCUCCAACGAAAGAACCUGCUUCUGGACUCCUUCAAUGUGUCGAUUGACAAACAGAGCUGUCACAAACAGAUCAAGCUGAGCUCAGAAGGACGGGGCCUGUGCCUUUCCUCAGAGGAUCGCUGCGUUCCCAAUGAGCCUCUGAGGUUUGAUCAGUUAUACUGCGCCUUGGGCUCUGCUGCUAUCACAUCUGGGCAGCACUACUGGGAGGUAGAUGUGCACUGCUGUCCAUCAUGGGCUGUGGGCGUGGCUUAUGGCAGCCUACAGAGGAGAGGACGGGACAAAGGUGCCAAGCUCGGAAGGAACAGGUGCUCGUGGAGUCUUGAGUUUCAGAAUGGGCAUCUCAUGGCCUGGCACAACGAUCGGCAUGUGGCACUACCCGUCACAGCAGCUCGAGCAGCACCCAACAGAAUAGGGGUGUUUGUAAAGUAUCAGAAGGGCCGUCUGGUGUUUUAUGAUGCUGAGACUAUGAGAACGCUACAAGAGUUUUCAGCAGUGCAAAACGCUGUGUUUGAAAGAGCACAUCAUCAGUUUACUGAGCCUCUCUACCCUGCCUUCCGCUUUUAUUCACCCAAAGACAAAGGCCAUGAUCAUAUGGAAAUAUGCGAUCUCAGUCUUUAGUUAUUAUUAGCCAUAAUAAAAACAAUAAAAUUAAUAAACAGUAUUUAUUUCAAGCAGAGAUCUUUUGUAACAUUGUUUUAGAACAUUACUGACACUUUUGAUCUAUUUAAUCUUUAAUGAAUAAUAUCGUUAAUUUCUUUAAAAGACUCAAAAUGUUUGAACGGUAACGUAUAUUAUAUUUCUUAGAUAAAGGGCAAUCUUUAUGAGCACUAACAGUUAUUAAUAGUGCAAGCAUAUAAUAUAUAAGCCUAUGUCUUGUACCAAAAAAGCAAAGGUUAUCAAGGUAAACUGGAGGAAUGGUCAACUUUUCUACCUUAUGCAAAAAAAAAAAAAUUAAAAUAGAGUGUAGUAUAUACUAAUAAAUAAAAAUAAAUUCCACAUAAAAUACUCAAAAAGUCUGGUGUACCCUCUUAACAAUUUAAUUCAGUCUAUGUGGUUAUUUAACCUUUUAUUUGCAAAGAAUUAUGGGUAACACUUUAUUUUAAGGUUUCCUUGUUACAUGUACUUACUAUUAUAACAACAUUAAUUAAUAACAAUAACAUCAUGCAUAAUUACAUUCAAGUAACCCUAAACCAAACCCUAACCAUAUAGUAAGUACAUGUUGUUUAAGGGGGUGGUUCACUGUUUUUUUUUUUCUAGGCUUGAUUGUGUUUAUGGGGUGCAGUCUAACAUGUGUUAAUGCUUCAUUUAAAAAAAAGAAAAAAAAAAAAAACCCUGAUCAUUACCUUAUAAUUUGAAGCCCCUCCCUCAGAAAUAGGUGAUAUGCUCUGAUUGGUUAGCUAACCCAGUUUGUUCUGAUUGGCUAAACUGCCUCUGGCGCACGAAUAAACAUCUCGCCCCUAACCUCAGCGGCAUGUGCUCAGUUUGUAUUGUAAACAGUGGCUUCGUUAAUAUCUUUUAUCAGUUUGAGCCUGAUUGAGAAGCAGAGGAUAUUAUUGAAGAGGAUCGUGCAGAACCUGUGCAAGCUCAGCUUGUAAUGGUAGGCCAAUGUUUUUUGUUUGUUGUUUUCUUGUACUUUUAGACACACUGUUAUUUGUAAAUGCUACUGCUUAUGUUAGCUUUUAACACAUGGUUUUAUCCUGAAUAAAGUUUUAAUAAAGUAUGGCAACUGCAUGCACAUUGAUGUUUAAUGCUUCCCAUAGCUAAGUGAAAAUAAGUGUAUAAUUGUUACAUUCAUUGCUGUAGCUAAGCUGAGAGAGAGUGAGAGAGAGAGAGAGAGAGAGAGAUGCAGAGCAAGGGGAGGAACAGGUUUGAGAACCGCUGCUUUAGAACAUUGAUUUUGAAACUUGUGAAUCCGUUAGAAUCGUUUGAAGACAGAAUUGCGAUUCAUAUAUGAAUAGAUUUUUUGCGUGUACCUCCCUUUUCUCUAAAGCAGUACAGUAUGGCCUCGCCCCCUUUCCCGCCUUUUCCUGGAGGUGUCACGAACCAAAUUAUGUUGUAUUGUGUUUACCUGUAAUCAAUAUCCAGCAAUAAACUCUUCA